AUGGUAUCACCACAGCAUGUCGAAGUCAACCUUUCUGAUCUCAAAGGUUAUGAGAAGCAUGUCAUUGUUGAACUCAUCAAGGAGAACAGUCAGAUGUUGCUGAAUACAAAAUUGAACUGCAAUCAUGAAAAUUGUAAAGCUAUUAUUUUAUAUGAGGCGGACAAGCUAUCUGGUGAUGCCCUAUCAUAUAUCAAGUGGAUGCUAGAGAAGUUCAAAGGGUGUAACAAGGUAUUCUUCUGCUGCAAAGAUGCAAAAGAGCUCCACAGUAUAAUGCCACUUUGCAGACUUGUGCAACUCAAUAAACCUUCUACACAAGAGAUUGCUGGAGUCUUGAAUUUCAUAGCAGAAAAUGAAGGAAUACAGUUGCAUCAUCAGUUGGCGUAUAAAAUUGCAAGCAACUCGCAGAAUAACUUAAGACAAGCCAUACGUUCAUUUGAAGCUACUUGGCACACCAACUCCAAGUAUGUAUGUUUGUCAAUGUGA